CAUUGAAAUGAAACUGCCUCCUCUCUCUCUCUCUCUAUUGCUCCUCCUCCACUGAUAGAGAGAAUCGUUUACGCGAAUAUGCCGUGAACUGUGCGACGACAGUCACGAGGUUUGGAGAUUUUUGUAACUUGUAACUCACACACGCUACCCGCGUUUGCCAGAAAGCACUUUUCUCACUCUCCUCUAAUACUAUUUACUACUUUUCAACAUUCACUCAUUCACCCUUCAGUUUCAGUUUAAACGCAAUUCCCCAUUUUCCAAACACAACUUAGAUCCUUCUUUUCCGUCACCGUCAUGAACUCGUUUCAUCGUUGGAUUCCCGAAGAUGAUUUUCUUCUCAAAAACGCCGUCGAGGCUGGUGCUUCGCUCGAAUCGCUGGCCAAAGGAGCCGUUUCGUUCUCCCGGAGAUAUUCCGUUAGGGAAUUGAGAGACCGGUGGCGUUCUCUUCUUUACGAUCCCGGAGUUGCAUAUGUUGCUUCUUCUGCCAUGGCGAGGUUGGAAAUCGCCAAGACUAACGGUAACGGAAACAAGGAAGGAGCCACCUCCGGUGACUCUGCUGCUGCUCGGAAGAGAAAAGCUCAGACAAUUUGCAAGAAGUAUUACGCUAUGCGGAGGAGGCUUCACACUGAGGUUUUUUUUGAUAAAUUUGAUAUGGCUAUGCAGGAUGAAAUGUGUUUGGACAAUAAUAAUGGUGGAAAAGAAAUUGGUGUGUCUGUGUUGGGGAAUAUUAAUGGUCAUUUAGAUAAGAGUGUGAAUAAUAGUUUGCUUAAUAGUUUAGUUAAUUUUGGGAAUUCAUUGGGGUUAGUGGAAGGUGGAGCUGGAUCAUCUCAUUCAAUGAGUGAAGAUUCACUUUGGAAGACAAUUGAGGAUGUCUCUGCCCCUAACAUGCCUGUUCAUGUUAAACUUGAAAACGAAAAUUCCGAGUCGAAAGAGAUGGUUCCUAGUGUUCCUGAUGCUGCUGUGAUGGCAGAUGCGGGAACUGAAAUUUCUGAUGCUCUUUUGGACUUGCCGAAUGGCGAUGAGCUUAUGUUUAUGAAUAUAGGUGAAAAAGAUGAGACUGCAACGGAUAAGCAGUGUUGUGAUAAUAAUGUUGAUUCACUUCUUUUGGGUUCUCCCUGUGACGUUGAAGGCAAUGAUGAGUCUGGUGUUCGUGAGCCUGAGAAGUUGGUUGCAGAAGCACAACUUGCUUUGUCAAGAAGUGGGUCAUCUGCUGAGUUAGAGGUUGGUGCUAACUCCAUAGGCAGCAGUCAUGGUGAUUCAGGUUUCAUUUCUGAUUGUGGACAUGAAGUCGAAUCGUCUGCUGCGGCGCGGACUUCUCUUCCCAAGCUUUGUGAUGAUUUUAAGUUCUGUUCAUUGAACACUGAGGACCCUAAUGUCCCGUUAAAUGACGUUGAAGCUGUAAACAUAUCCACUGUAGUUCCUAAUACAGUGACUCCAAAACCCAUAUCAAUUGUUAAAGAGGUGGGUUAUCCAGAUUCCUUUAUUAGUGAUCAAACAAAAAAUGGAACUGAUGGAAGCUUGAAGAAAAAAGACAUUCCUUCAAACUCUUUUGCAGCUGCACAGACAGUUCAACCAGGAUUAGUGCCUAACAUUAAUUCAAGCAAGGAAAACCCUGUUGACAAUGUACCGAAAACUGAAAAUCCUGCUAAUAAUCCUAUUUCUGCAGUUUCUAGACAGAGUAACAAAGUCGUUGCCGAGAUCAACCAAAAUCAAAGCAGAUCAGUUCAUGCAACUAUGAAGCAUGCCUCAGAUGGACGUCCGAUACAAGAGGUGAUCAUUGCACUGCCUUCAGUUGUUAAUCCACAUCAAAAGGUAUCGGAACAUAAGACUUUAUCUGAUUUUGAAGCAAAGUUAUUAUGCAUCAAUCAGGAAAGAGCCGAUGACUAUGAUGAUAGUGAUGACAAUGCUGAUUAUGAUGACAAUGAAAUUCCUUUCUUUUCUGAUGCUGAGGCAAUGAUUCUUGAAAUGGACUUAGGUCCAACUGAUCAAGAUGCAAAUGCAAGUACCGAAGUCUUGAAAUUUCAAAAUGAAAGAACUAAGAGGACCAUCUUGAGAUUGGAGCAAUGUGCUCAGUCCUUUAUUCGAAGAGCCAUUGCAUCUCGGGGUGCAUUUGCAGCAUUAUAUGGGCGCACUAUGAAGAAAUAUAUAAAAAAAACUGAGGUGGUACUUGGCAGAUCAACAGAUGAUGUAAAAGUUGACAUAGACUUGGGUAGGGAAGCAGAAGCACAAUAUGCUACCAAAAUAUCUAGAAGACAAGCUUUAAUAAAGAUGAAGGCAAAUGGCUCUUUCGUUAUUAGAAAUCUUGGCAAGAGUCCUAUAUACUUGAAUGGCAAAGAAAUUGCUCAAGGACAGAAGCGGAGUCUUAUUGCUGGUAAUUUGAUUGAGAUUAGGAGCUUGGCAUUCAUCUUUGAGGUCAACAACAAAUGUGUGAAGAGGUUUAUAGAAAAUAUGAAUGAACAGUGAGAAAGAUAAGCGGAAGACAGGGGAUCUAUUUGAAGUCAUAUGGCAUCAAAGGAUUGUAGAAUAGCAUUAUGAAGCCAGCCAAAAAUAGAAGUUACAACAGUUAUUGUUUCAUAUUCAAUGUAUUGUCGAUCUAAAGUUAGAUUGGAAUGUACAUAUAGAUAGAAGAUAAAGAAACUAUAGAGAUGUAUAAAUGGCUGCUGCUCAUGGGGGGAACUUGUUUUGAUGUCAUUGUCUUCAAUGUUCUUAUUGUUGUUUUAAACUGUUCUUUUUAGGGAUCAUCAAUAAUCAAUGAAUAAAAUUAUGUUUUUGUGGUUUCCAACAA